AUGACAGACUUUUGGUUGAUUUCUGUCCCACUGGACAAGACCAGCUUAACCAGCGUGGAGAAACUGAAGCGCACCAUUACUAAAACCCACCUGGGCUCAUGCUGGAGGUUCUCCAUCCCAGAUCUGAAGGUGGGAAUUCUGGACAGUCUGGUCAGAGUGUCAGAUGAUCUGUCAAAACUCGACACGCUGACUGAAAGUUUGAUCAAAAAAACCUGCCAGUGCUUGAAGGAGGUGAUGGAGCCAACAGGGGACAAAGUUCAGGAACACGACUUAACCAACGGAGACCACAGGAUGAAUCAAAAGAGUGCAGCUCUGUCACCACUAAAAACUUACCUCGCAUCUCUGAGAGUGGACCUGAUGAACCGGGUCACCAAAUUUCAGUGGGACAAAGCCAAGUAUCCCACAGCUCUGCCGCUCUCCACCCUGACAGAUAUCAUCAACAAGGAAAUAUCACAGGUGGAGACUGAGCUCAGAUCCCGAGCGACAGCCUACAACAGCCUAAAAGCCUCCUUGCAAAGCCUUGAACUCAAUCUAAAUGGAAAUUUACAAACUCGCAGUCUGAAUGAUGUUUUGAGGAAAGACGACCUGGUUGUCUCUGAGUAUCUAACAACUCUGUUGGUGGUGGUGAGCAGAGAAAAAUAUCUGCAGUGGGAGAAAAGCUAUGAAUCCCUGUCAGAGUUUGUGGUUCCGCGGUCGAGCAGGAAGAUUUUUGAGGACGGAGACGGGGGAAUCUUUACGGUGACGCUUUUCAAGCGAGCUGUGUGUAAAUUCAAAGCCAAAGCUCAGGAGAGCAAGUUCAUUGUGCGGGACUACAGCUUUGAUGUGGAGGAGAGGAAGCAACAGGAGAUCAUGAAGCUCACUGUUCAUAAAAAGGAUCAGUAUGGGAUCUUUGUGCGUUGGCUGAAGGUGAAUUUCACUCAGGUGUUCAUUGCCUGGAUUCACUUAAAAGCAUUGAGAGUUUUUGUGGAAUCAGUACUCAGGUAUGGACUACCUGUGAACUAUCAGGCUUUACUCCUGGAAACGGACAGGAAGCGUUCAAAGAAGCUGAAGGAGGAACUUUCCUCACUGUUUGUACAUUUGGACCCCACUGCCAGCAUGAAGGAGGUGAGCUGUGACAUCCCAGGGCUCUGCCAGCAGGAGUACUCCUCCUACAUCUGCUUCCACAUCGGCACCAACAUGCUGGAGAUUAGCAAGCCGUCAACAACAUGACCCGACAGACAAGCAGCACUUUAUCAACCUCAGGCAGUCAGGGCCUGAAAGGCAGCAUUAUUAUUAAAAGCUACCUGUCUCAGAACAACAUCUUGCACAUAAUAAUGAGCUGUGUACAUAAAAACCUCAUCUUUUUUGGAGGAAAGAAGUGUAAAUAUUAUCUUCAGGGAAUGGAUGUCACAUUCUUGUCACAAGAAUUCUUAACUUUGUAAAUAACUGAAUGUUUUCUAGGAAUCUGAAGCUUCCAAUUGGCA